AUGAUUUGGUCAGACAAUCGAACGGUCCCCAUCAAAAGAAAACAUACUCCCGACCCAAGCGCAAGCAUAAGCUUUUUUUUUUCAUGUCUGAUUAAAUUCACCUUACGUUUUCUUGUCCCAAAAAAGAAGGGAAAUAAAAAAACAUUUUUUUUAUCAUUUUUUGUUCGAAAAAUGGCUGCAACCACACUCUCCGUCCGGUCAAACCGUCUCACUCCAGGCACCCCUAUUCCCAGACCGCCGGUCAACCUCCCCACCCAAACCUACCCUUCUUUUAAACCCACAAAGACCGAGCCCUGGAGAACCACCACAAUCGUCCACUCCCGGCGAAUAUUAGCAGCUCGAGCUGGUUCACCAGCUGAUGACUCGGCUCCCUUCGAGAUGUCUGUUGAGAACGCGCUCAAGCUCCUUGGGGUCUCCGAAAAUGCUUCUUUUGAUGAUAUUCUUCGCGCUAAGAAUUCGAUUGUUGCCUCUAUUAAGGAUGACCAAGAAGCUAUCGCUCAGGUUGAGGCUGCGUAUGACAUGUUGCUUAUGCGAAGCUUAACCCAACGACGAGCCGGAAAGGUGGUGGACAGAAGCAUUAGAUAUGCAGAUGUUAAACCUGUUAAUCCUUCCGGGGUGGGAUCGAUGCCACGGUGGGUGCAAACAACUGUGAAGAAUUUACCCGUUUCAGUUGUAGCGCCGGUUACAAGCGAAUUGGGCUUACAAGCUGGUGUAUAUGGAGCUCUUAUGGUUCUGACGUAUGUGAAUGGAGCUUCUACGUCCUCUGUGGUUCCUUACACCGGACCUGAUGUUCCCGGGCUUAUCUUAGCAAGUAGCUUUGGGGCUUCCUUAUAUUUUAUGACCAGAAAGAAUGUCAAGCUAGGUAAGGCUACAUUGAUUACUAUAGGGGGGCUUGUUGCUGGUGCGGUGGUGGGAUCAGCUGUUGAAAACUGGUUGCAGGUAGACAUUGUCCCGUUGCUUGGGAUACAUUCUCCGGCUACCGUAGUUAGUGAAUUCAUACUCUUCUCUCAGUUCUUGGUUUCAAUGUAUCUAAGGUAGGAAGGAUGUUUCUGGAAUUUAAAUUGUAAAACCUGUAAUUAUUCAUUUGCAUGAUCAUAAUCAAGCUUUUCUAGGAUGUGUAUCAUUGCAUGUUGUACAAAACUACUAAUAGAAGAUAGUGAAACUUCGAACCCUCUCGAAUUCUGCUCAAAA